AUGCCGCCGAUAUCUUUUAGUAUUGAUAUCCGGAAUGAUCAAUAUUCUGCAAGCGAGAUCCUCGACUCCCAAUUUAUUAUGGACCAAGGCGAUGAAUACUCAUACGCCCAAAGCAGCACCGACCCCAGCAGUCCCUCGACCGACGCACUGUCGGCAAAGGCUCACCAAUCAAAUCCUUCGCCUCAAAGAUCGGCCUCCAUUAGGACCUCUGGAAGACUUGCGAAUCGCCGUGCCAAAAAUCGACUGACGUCACAUUCCAAAUCGGAUAGCGUUGACUCUUCCAGGUCUUCAAUUCGAUCAUCCGAAAUAUCAACUCGUUCGUCGCAUCAGACCGUAACUCGAAAGGAUAAAAGAGCAUACAUAACGGGUAGGGCAAAUAAUAAACCCAGACAGACCGGGUUUGUGCCACCAAACUCUUCUCCAACUACAGAGACACGGCAACGAUCCCAAUACGCAGACGAUGAUACUGAUCAUGGCGUCAACACGAACAAAAGGACCAAGUUCCUUGAGCGAAAUCGAACAGCGGCGACUAAAUGUCGCCAAAAGAAAAGGGAAUGGGUGACGGGUCUAGAAGGAACAAAGUUUGAGUUAGAAAAUCAGCACAACCUCCUUCAGGGGGAGUACAGCGACUUGAAAAAUGAGAUUACUCAAAUAAAAUCACAACUCAUGGAUCAUUCCACUUGCAACGAUCCCAACAUCAACAAAUGGAUCGAAAAUGAAGCAAAGAGAUUUGUCUUGGGAACGAGCGAAAAAUACGACCAGAUGCUGGUUAAUUUAAGCCACUCUCCUAGACAUAUUAUUGGUGGCCAGGACAGCCUCUCUUCCGCUGCAGGAUGCCAGACAAUGCGUGAUUCGGAACUUCUUGGCUCAGUUACUCCAUCACAUUCAUUCCACCCCGGGGGUUUCGUACCAAGUCCACCUAUACUUUACCAUCCAGAUCUGACGCCAAACUUUCCGCAGGUCGCAGCAUCGGACCCACACGAAGAGCCCUAUCCGAUGGACGCUCUACAUAAUGCGACGGCCGACGACAUGCCAGAUUACCAUAGUAUGCCGAUGGUCGAAGGCCUCGAAAACUUCAUGCUUCCUACAAGCUGA